AUGCACUCGACUCUCCGAUCCGCCACGGGCCGCACGCGCCUCGAGGCGCAGCGCACACGCGACGCAGUGGCGAGCUGCAUUCGACACUUUUCCGCGUCGGGCUUCUUCGCCGAGGAGAACAGCAGCAGUGGCAGCAGCAAACAGCCGCAGCAGAACAACAACAACAACAAGCCCGUGGACGGCCGCUCGCGGUCGAGGGCUGCGGCGAGCGAGAUCAGCAGCCUGCUUCGCGGCACGUCGGCGUCGUCGGGGGCCCGCGGCGGCCGCGGCGGUCUCGACGACGCGCGGACUUUCCGCGGACGGGGCGUCGAGCGCAAGACGCCGCUCAACGUCAUUGGGCUGCGGAGCGUGCCGAGGGAGGGCGGUGCGGGCAUCGUGCAGGUGCCUGCUGGGUUUGGAGGUCGUGGCGGCGGUGCGGCCAGGAGGUCGUUCCGCGGGCCGGGGGGGGUUCGGGGCCGGAGAUGCACACACGGCGGUCGUCUCAUAGACCGCGGUGGAGAUCGGUCCGGUGCGGAUGGCGAUACCCCAAGAUCUGGUAAUGAGGAGAGAGCGCACUUUGUCGCGCGCCAGCCCGACUUCAAGUUUGAGGGCGCCGAGGAGGCUGUACGCAAGGUCAUCCUGGAGCGCGCCGUCAAGGGCGAGCACGAGAAGCCGCAGUACAGCGAGGGCAAGAAGCCAGUCGACUUGGCGAGGAACGCGCAUCUCAAGGAUCCGACAUACAGAGAGAAGGACGUCGAGACCUUUGAGGCCAAGGUGAAGCAGCUCAUUGCUUCGAAGAAGGGCAGCGCCGGGCAGCAGGGCAAGAAGGCGCAGGCUUAG